CACAUAACAUGGCAACCCUUGCAGAUCGCCCAGUCAGCCCUCGCAGAGUGUCUGAGAACCAAAAAUAAGAACUGCAUCUCCAUGGAAACUGGCCGGCUAAACAGACCGAGACCAAGUUUCCAUUUCGGAGAGAGGGAGAGGCGAAGGCAGCAUCGCCCCGGCCCGGCCCAGCCUUCGCUGCACCUGUAAAUAGUCUCGGAAAGGGCGAGGUCGCUCUGCGCGCCUGCGCACAUUCUUCCACUCGCGGCAUCGGCGGAGAGCAGCGCUGGGACUGACUGAUCGACCCUUGUAUUCGCAGCCGGGACUCUGAAAACCUCCGAAAAAAGUCUCUACUUUUCCGGCAGCAAAAAUGGUGCAAGGUGGAAUGAAGUGCGUUAAGUACCUGCUGUUCGGCUUUAAUUUCUUGUUCUGGCUUGCAGGUCUUGCAGUUUUGGCAGUUGGAUUAUGGCUUCGUUUUGAUCAAUCAACAAAGCACAUAUUUGAGAUGGAAGACCAGCCUUCUACGUUCUACACAGGUGUCUAUAUUUUGAUUGGAGCUGGUGCAUUGAUGACGGUUGUUGGGUUCCUAGGAUGCUGUGGAGCAAUUCAAGAAUCCACCUGCAUGCUUGGCUGUUUCUUCAUGUUCCUUCUGGUCAUAUUUGCAGUCGAAAUUGCAGCUGGAAUAUGGGGCUUUUUGAAUAAAGAUAAGGUUACGAAUGAAGUGAGGGAAUUGUACUCUUCUCUGUAUACCCAAUACGUAGUACACAAAGAUAAAAGCAAGGAAGCAGCUCUAAUUGCAAUUCAGAAAGGACUGGACUGCUGUGGAAUAGGAGGCACUCUGGAACCACUUAUCCGAAGUACUUGCCCCAGUAAAACACUUUUGGAAGAGUUUCAAAGACGGUCAUGUCUGCAGGUAAUUGAUGAAAUAUUCAAUGGAAAGCUUUACAUCAUUGGGGCAGUUGGGAUUGGAAUUGGAAUUGUAAUGAUCUUUGGCAUGAUUUUCAGCAUGGUGUUGUGCUGCGCCAUCCGUAAUAGCAGGGAGUUGAUUUAGGGAAUGUGUCAAACAAUGAUGCUUUUCAGCAUGGAUGGAAUGGAUUUUUCAACCUCACUUGCUUCUAUCUAUUAACGGCUUGACUUCAAUAAACAUCUUUUCACCUAUUCAGUUGAAAAUCUCUGUAUAACCUAAUCUUAAAUAAAACUUUAUUUAACAAGUUCA